UGCAUAUUUAUCAAGUACCAACCACCAAGUGUUCACAUUAUUCAUCAAGUAUCAUGAAGGACUAUAAGGGUGUUUUAAUCACCGGGGCCAGCAGUGGAAUUGGAGAGGCCAUGGCCAUCCAAUACGCACGCACGCACGGAGACAAGGUGUUUCUCGCCCUGACUGGCCGCAAUGUCAUACGAUUGCAAAAUGUCAGAGACACUUGUGUUAGUUACGGUGCCAAGGUGGAGAUUGGUAUAUUCGAUGUAUGCGAGACGGAAACGCUUCAAAAAUUUGUGCUCAGAAUGGUCAAUGACUACGAUGUUGACGUCAUUGUAGCCAACGCUGGUGUGUCAGAGGCCACGCUGAAGCGCACUACAUACGAAGAAUCAUGGAAAGACUUGUUCGAUGUUAAUGUAACCGGUGCUAUGAACACAGUCACUCCUGCUAUUCCUAUUUUCAAGAAAAGAGGUAGAGGGCAGCUCGUGGUCACAGCCAGUCUGGCGUCUUUCUAUCUCUAUACAGCUUAUGGUGCAUCCAAGGCUGCCGUCAAGCGUGCCUUCGAAGCACUGCGUGUGGAACUCGAGCCCCACGGCAUUGAGGUGAACUGCAUAUGCCCUGGGUUGGUAGACACCCGCAUGGCUGAUGCUAUCAUGGAUGGAGCGGUGAAGCAGACGACUCUCGCGAGUUUAGUGCCCACAGUCACGAGCUACGUUUUGACGACGAGUGCGCAGGCGUCUGAGAUUAUCAUCGAUGGUCUGGAACGGGAUGUAGAGUGCAUAUGCUUCCCACGACACCAGUACUACUUGGUGGCGCUGAUGAGUAGUCUGCCGGAACGGCUGCAGAAGCUGUCGUGGUCGCUGUUUGGCGUUAAUGAGAAGUUCGAGUAGGCGCGCGUGUGGGGCCCAAUAUAUUGUUACGGUACCACAUAGUCUAAUGUAAAUAUAUUAAAUUUAGUCAAGUCAGGAUGUGGAAGCGUGA